UAAAAUUUGACGCCUUAAGAAGCCAUAAUUGCGCAUGCUCAGAAAGAUGGCAUUUCCUGAUAUACAUAUUGUUUGAGCGGAAAUUGUAAAUUUUUUAAUAGUUUACGCAAAAGAAGAGGCAUGACAUAAAAAGUUAUACAACAAAUGCCACUCAAUUGAUAAAAUGUUUAUUUAAAGAACAAUAAGCCUUAACAACUGAUAAAAUACAGAAUAUAUCAUAUUUUAUUCAAGGAAGAGGGGGAAGUAAGCGAAAUCGGUGGUGCGCGACAAGGUCGUGUUAAACGUUGCACAUUCGCGGUUUACAAAAUCACGAAACGUGGUCAGACGAGUUUAGACAAUCGUCAUAAAGGAAAAAAUAUAUUGAAGCUGACCGUACUCAACACAGGUGUUUAAAUAUGUAUACGAGAUCGCUAUAAAGAAGCGAUAAGAGAUAAUUCAUACGCGUAACAUUUAUCAUGACAACUUAUAUUGACGACAAGUAAAGGUGCCUGUGAUAUACAUGAUAUACAAGAUUGUGUUAUGAAGACGAAGUUGUGAAAUGCGUAAGAUCAGUGAUCAAAGAAAUAAUGUAGUUUGAAAUAAGGAUGGUGUAGGAGUGAAAGUGAGUGUGAAUAAAAUUGAUAUUAUUAAAACUACAUAAUCAGAGACGUAUUUUUACGAUGAGGAAAAUAAACGCGUUAGUCAUAUCCAUGCGUGGCUAUGAUUUCAUAUUUUUAGAAACUAAUAGAAAUUGAGAAAAGUAUUCGUCAGAAAAUUACGUUCUCUUGAAGUGUAAACAGUUUUUAUUGUAUCAUAGAAUUAAAGAAAAAAGUGAAAUAUCAAAAUGAAACGUGUUUGAACGACAGAAUACAGUUGCCUAUUGGAUAACGAAGAAGCCGUUAAAAAAUGUAUACAAACAUGCAUAAAUUCAUUUUUGAAGGCUGUAGGAAGUAAUAUAUGAAGAAGAUAUUACUGCAAGGAAAACAUAAUAAUAAUUAGAUAUAUUAAUGGAUAAAAGGUAUCUGAAAAUCAAGAGGUGGUCGGUUUUUGCAAAAGACACGGUUACACGUUGCAGAAUCGACAUCAGUGAGAACGUAGCACAGAAUCGGAACUCGAUCGAGGUCGAGCGUCAAGAAUCGAUCGUUGCAUUUUCAACAUCCUUCAUUUUUCCUCUCUGGAAGAAAUAAAGAAUUAAAAAGCAUUUUAGGUUAUCAAAAUAAAGAAGAGUCGUUCGAGGGAGUGUCGAAUGAUUUUUCAGGCAUAAUACCGGCGUUGGUAAAUAGUGCGUGUUUACGUGCGAGCGAACCAAAACAUCAAUGACCUUGAAAGAGGAACAAUCACGUGACCAGAAGGGAGCACAAGGAUUGGAUAGUCGAGGCGCAUAUAAUGUGUAUUGCGCCGUGCGCGCCCUAUGUCCUGCAUUCCGUGCCCGAUAGAUGGUAGAGGUUUAGCGGGGAAAAGGGGCGAAAAACAGACUAAGCGACGACGACAACGACGGCUACGACGACGAGGACGACGAGAAAGACGAGAGAGAGUGCCGUUCGCCUGUACGUCCGUGUGUGUGCGCGCGCGUAGCUCGGUUGUGUUGUCCAAGAUGAAGUCCGACUCUAAACCUUUGUUGACAGCUCAGGCGGAAAAGGCGAAUCAUUACACAUACUUGAAGGAAUUUCGCGUCGAACAAUGUCCCCUCUUUAUACAGCGCAAAUGCACACAACACCGACCCUUCACGUGCUUCAACUGGCACUUUAUGAACCAGCGGAGGCGCAGACCGGUGAGAAAGAGGGACCGCACCUUCAACUAUAGCGCCGAUAAUUAUUGCACCAAGUACGAUGAGACCACCGGCAUAUGUCCAGAUGGAGACGAGUGUCCAUUUCUUCAUCGCACCGCUGGCGAUACAGAAAGACGCUAUCACCUACGCUAUUACAAAACUUGCAUGUGUGUCCAUGACACGGACACACGUGGAUUUUGCGUUAAGAAUGGACCUCAUUGUGCAUUUGCACAUGGCAAUCACGAUCUUCGCCCUCCUGUCUAUGACAUCAAAGAGAUACAAGCGUUGGAAAACCCAGAUUCAGAUCCCAAUUCGUCCUCUAACGGACCAAACAUACUUGACAAGGAGCGUAACUUGAUGAACGAAGACCCAAAGUGGCAGGAUACAAAUUAUGUACUCAGUAAUUAUAAAACAGAACCAUGUAAACGUCCACCAAGACUCUGUCGCCAAGGUUAUGCUUGUCCACAAUAUCACAAUAGUAAGGAUAAAAGACGUAGUCCACGCAAGUACAAGUAUAGGUCAACACCGUGUCCUAAUGUAAAGCAUGGAGAGGAAUGGGGUGAGCCAGGGAACUGCGAACAAGGUGAUGCUUGUACGUACUGUCACACACGUACAGAACAACAGUUCCAUCCUGAAAUCUACAAAUCCACAAAAUGCAACGAUGUCCAACAAGCUGGUUACUGUCCGCGCGGAGUCUUCUGUGCUUUUGCACAUGUUGACCGUGAGUUUACCCUCAUAAAUCUGUUGCCAACAGAAGAAAUGAGCCUGGCGAGGGACAUGGCGGUACCUAUAGAUUGUGGAACCAAUCUGGCAGAUAUUCUCAGCAACGCUCUUCCACCCGAUAAGCGUGUUCAUGAAAAAGAUAAACCACUUAGCGAUAGCAGUAAUGGAAGUGGUGAAGUAUCAGAAUCGGCAAGUACCAGUAGCGUUGGUAGCAACAGUUCACACAGUAAAGCUCCUGGUGCUCAACUGCAUAAUUCUAAUUCCAAUAACACUGUAAAUACUUCCAAUCAACAGAAGUUAACGAGCAUACUUUACAAUCCCAAUUCUAUUUUACAAGUUGGUGAAAUACGAAAACAAAUGGUUGCUAUAGAUAGUGAUCCUUUAUUAACAAAAGCUGAAAAAGCUCAACAGAAACAAAGUCUAUACAUUGCUUACAGUUUGAAUGGUACCUUAGGCAGUCAUUCAUUAGCGACUACCGUUUCACCACUUUCAAGUUCAUUUUAUCCAAAUGAUACCGUUGAGUCUGUAGUAGGAAAUGCAUUAGAUGAGUUACAUCUAGAUGAUCCCCUAAAUUUAGUAGAAUCAAUUCAUAGGGAUACUAAUUCACCAAUUAGCAAUUCAAUAUCAGCAGGCCUAGCAAGUUCUGGAUUAUUGGGAAGCUCAGCUCCAGUUAAUAUUCCUGGAAUGGCUGAACGUUCUGUUCUUACUAAUUUUUCGCCAUCAACGUCCAGUCCACUUCAACACUUACACUCAGCUGGUUUCCUCACCGGGUCCAGAUUUUCUCAUCAAGAUUCAAUAGAAUCGACAAUGCCAUUUAUGAAUCAAGUGUCAGAUCCAUUUAGCAAUCACAUUUCACAACUUAGCAGUUCAGCUUCGAAACUUAGCGGAUUUAAUAGUAGUUUAUUCGAUUUCACGAAUCAAGGAAUGUCUCCAUCUCGUACACAACCUCUCCCAGCAUCUCCGUUGGUCAAUGCAUUUUCUAUUAGUCCAAAUAAUACAGGAUCCAUAUCCGAGGUGCAAAGGCUCAGGGAGGAGUUGACAUCGAGCCGUGCACAAUUAGCAACAUGGGACGAACGAAUUAAUCAAGCUAGAGCUGCUUGUGCUGCGUGGCAAUUAGAGAGCGAAGAAGCUAAAAGAAAAGCAAGUAUUGCUGAACAACAGAGAGACGAGGCCUUGUUGCAAGUGAAAGCAUUGAGGGUGGAGAACGAAGCUUCUAGCGGUGGCCCGUAUCUUCAUACUUUGAGAAGAACAAGCGAACUCAGAUCUUUAUCGAUAGCUGCAUUAAAAUCAAUUCAAUCGCAGCUUCGUUCGGAUCUCGAAGAAAUAGAAAAGGUGCUGUACAGAGAAACGGCAACAAAGUGCAUGGUUUGCGAAGAACAAAAUCGCACUGUUACUCUCUCACCGUGCAACCACUACGUGGUCUGCUCAACGUGCGCUCCAAACCAACGCGAGUGCCCGUACUGCCAGACUCCGGUUGUCUCCACAAGUUAGGUCCGAGUAUUUUGUUAAAAGAAAACGCCCGUUGUUAUAUCUACGCUCUUUUUCAGUAACAAGGACGAAUAUUCUCAGAAUUUUAAUGUGAGUAGUAAACUACAAAUUUCAUGCGAAUUCAGUGUUUUUAAAUGCGAUGGUAUACAAAUGUGAACAAUUAACAAAGAAAUUUUGUACCACGGUACAUGUAUAAUCGCAAGAGAAUUAACAAAAAAGAAAAAAAUUUAUCGAACAUGUAAUUUUUGACUAUCGCCAAAGUGAAUGUGGAUGUGAUAAGACUUAACAAAGUCUCUAUUUGUCAUACUUUGUGUCAACAGUCAUGCUGUUAAUUAUUAGCCGUUUAUAAAGAUUGAAAUAUCACAUCCUUUAUUAAUUAAGAACACAUAUUAUUGAUCUUGAAAUGGAAAAGAAAUAUUUAAUAUAUAAUUCAAAAUACAUUUAUUAGCAGGGUGCUAGCUGAAUAGUUAGCAUUAACUUAUAACACGUAAGUGUGCCAGUUACACAAACAUAUGUAGCGUGAAAGAAAAAAGAAAAACCACAUAUAAUC